UAUAUUGGCAAGAAAACCGCAUUAGUAAUUUUCUAUUAUAACUCCAAUACGCUACUGCGGAACUAGUGACUCCUGGAGGGUACGAGGGACAUUUUACGUUGUUGCAACACAGUGGUCGUGUAGAAAAACGUGGAAGGACACAAGAAAGAGUCAUGUACAAAUGGUUUUUGCGGACUGUGUUCACAGCUCGAAGUUUUUCACACGGUUUGUAUGAGUUGUGUGUGUUGUCAGGCGGCUGUGAUACAGCCACCGUCAUUAUCAGGGCUGCAAAUGGAAGUGUCAGAACCUUCAGCACACGUUCAGCAAGGCUCUGCAAGUUAGACAACAGUGUUCCCUUUCAGGAAGAUGUGACAUCGAAUGCAACAAAAGAGCCUGAGUCCACAGAAACGUCCUCUGUUGUUGAGCAGAAAAGUGAUUAUGGCAACAAGCUCAUUGGGAUGGACAAACAAAGAGAGGAGUCAGUGGAGGUCAAGGCAGCAGAUGAAAGUGUCACACAGCAGAAUGAUGUUGAGAAAGAUGUGGAAAAGGGAAAAUGGGUGAUGACUGAAACAGAUGGGAGUAAGAACAGUUUGGUAGAGCUUCUUAGAACCAUGAAGGUGGAUGUUACUAGUAAGAAGCGUGGUAAAAGUUUGCAGAAAACUUUAUUUUUUGAGUCUGCCCCCAAUCAAAAAUCACCAGAUAAGGGAAGCAUCACCAGCAAGUUACAGAAGGCUAAAGUGGAGGCAUCAGCCCAGAGUAAGACACUGGAUCAUGAACUAGUUUCAGCUGCUUCUGCUGCAGCCUCCACUUUACCAAACCACAGCCAAGCCCAGUCUGAGCUGCUUAGGCAGCUACGGAAACAGAAGGAUCUCACCGAGGCUCAGAGGAAAGCACAGAUGGACCUAGGAGUCAUCAUCGCUGACAUGAAAGUUGUCAAGAAAGCGGCUUUUAUGAAGACGAUGAAUACUGCAAUGAAUCAGAUCCAGUUUGAUGAUGAUGGGCAUGGAUACAAACGUACCGGUGGAGGCACUGCCCAACUCGGUGCUAUGACGAAAAAGAAGCAUUUGUUCUCCAGGACACGGCUCAACAUUUUUUCCGUCACUGAUGAAGGAGUUGAUUCAGCAAUAGCGUGUCCAACUCUUUGGGACUUGGACUUUGCUCAUCAGUUGUCUCAGUCGGUCAACCAAAAGCCCCGUAACAGGCUCGAGGAAAUGAUCCAGUGGACCAAAGAGGGAAAACUGUGGCAGUACCCAGUCAACAACGAAGCCGGCCUUGAGGAGGAAGCCGCCGUCCCAUUCCAUGAGCAUGUCUUCCUGGAGAAACACUUGGAGGAGGGGUUUCCCAGUCAGGGUCCUGUGCGUCACUUCAUGGAGCUUGUGGUGGCCGGUCUGUCCAGAAACCCCUAUCUGACUGUCCAGCAGAAGAAGGAGCACAUUUUGUGGUUCAGAGAGUAUUUCAAACAAAAAGAUGACAUCAUCAAUGAGGCUGAGGCUGAAUUUAACUAAGUGCAUCCAAAUUAAGACAAUUAAAAACAAGCUCUGCUGUAACAGUGUGGCUUUUCCACCAAAUCACCAUUAACAGUCGAGGAUGGUCACCAAAAAACCUGACUUGGACUUUUGAGUUGUGAUAUAAACCCUUCAUUCCAGACAUUGCACUGCAUUUACUGUUUGUAAAAGGUGAUAAGACUGAAUUACUGUUGCCACUCAAACGCAGCGAGUAUGUGUAAUAAUGUUAAUGCCACUGCUUGUAUAGUCUUUACUAAUUUUUGUUCCUGUCACAUCAAUGCAAGCUGUGUCUGAGGUUGUGUGAAAUAAAAGACAACAAUGUGAUGGC